UUAAAAUGGCGGCGUUGAGCAGCGCCGAGUCCCCACCGCCCGUCUUUAACGGAGACACCUCGGAGCGGGAGCCGGGCAGGGAGCGGGGCCUGGAGGAGCUGGGUGCCGGGCUGGACUCCUCCUGCUCGGCGGGGAUCUCUGGAGGUCCGCAGGAUGAGGAGAUCUGGAACAUCAAACAGAUGAUCAAGUUGACACAAGAACACUUAGAGGCUCUGCUGGACAAGUUUGGAGGAGAACACAAUCCUCCCUCCAUAUAUCUGGAGGCCUAUGAGGAGUACACCAGUAAGCUGGACGCCCUGCAGCAGAGGGAGCAGCAGCUGCUGGAGGCCAUGGGUAACGGUACAGACUUUUCCUGCUCCCCUUCUCCCAUGCCGGCUCUUCUGGAGGUCAAGAUGGGAGGAUGCGGGGUCGGAGGAGGGGCUCAGGCCUUUCCCUCGGCCCCCAACACUUUGGCCGUCCUGCAGACUCCCACCGACGCCAGCCGAGCCAACCCUCGCUCCCCCCAGAAGCCCAUCGUCAGGGUCUUCCUGCCCAACAAACAGAGGACAGUGGUCCCGGCUCGCUGUGGGAUGACUGUGAGAGACUCGCUGAAGAAAGCUCUGAUGAUGCGGGGACUGAUUCCAGAGUGCUGCGCAGUCUACAGAGUACAGGACGGAGAGAAGAAGCCCAUUGGCUGGGACACAGACAUCUCCUGGCUGACAGGAGAGGAGUUACAUGUUGAAGUGUUGGAGAACGUGCCGCUCACCACACACAACUUUGUGAGGAAGACCUUCUUCACACUGGCCUUCUGUGACUUCUGCAGAAAGCUGCUGUUCCAGGGUUUCCGCUGUCAGACCUGUGGAUACAAGUUCCACCAGCGCUGCAGCACUGAGGUUCCCCUCAUGUGUGUCAACUACGACCAGCUAGACUUGUUGCUAGUGUCCAAGUUCUUCGAGCAUCACCCGUUCACCCAAGAGGAGGUCUCCUCAGAGGGAACCACCCCCGUGUCUGAGGUCUGCCCGUCACUCCCCCCAUCUGACUCCACUGGGUCUAUAUGCCACACUACUGUGUCUCCGUCCAAGUCCAUACCCAUCCCGCCCAGCUUCCGGCCCAACGAGGAGGACCACCGCAACCAGUUUGGCCAGCGGGACCGUUCGUCCUCCGCUCCCAAUGUCCAUAUCAACACCAUCGAGCCUGUUAACAUCGAUGAUCUGAUUCGAGAUCAGGGCUUACCGAGGUCAGAUGGAGCCCCCCCGACCCACCCCGCCCGCUGCUUGAGGAAGCACCGAACACGGACCUCAAGCCCCCUCCUAUACUCCUACCCCAAUGACAUAGUGUUUGAUUUUGAGCCCGAGCCUGUUUUCCGAGGCUCCACCGCAGGGCUGUCGGCCACGCCUCCCGCCUCUUUACCUGGCUCUCUGACCAAUGUCAAGGUUGCACAGAAGUCGCCAUGCCAACAGAGAGAGCGAAAGUCGUCGUCCUCGUCCGAGGAUCGCAAUAAGAUGAAAACCCUGGGGAGAAGGGACUCCAGUGACGACUGGGAAAUCCCUGAGGGUCAGAUCACUCUGGGUCAGAGGAUAGGCUCUGGAUCCUUUGGAACGGUCUACAAGGGGAAAUGGCAUGGUGAUGUGGCAGUGAAGAUGUUGAACGUCACUGCUCCCACACCACAACAGCUUCAGGCCUUCAAGAAUGAAGUGGGAGUCCUCAGGAAAACACGUCAUGUGAACAUCCUGCUGUUCAUGGGCUACACCACCAAGCCUCAGCUGGCCAUUGUAACCCAGUGGUGUGAAGGCUCCAGCCUGUACCACCACCUGCACAUCAUCGAGACUAAGUUUGAAAUGAUCAAGCUCAUCGAUAUUGCCCGGCAGACAGCCCAGGGCAUGGAUUACCUGCAUGCCAAAUCAAUCAUCCACAGAGAUCUGAAGAGCAACAAUAUUUUCCUCCACGAGGAUCUGACAGUGAAGAUCGGUGACUUUGGUCUGGCCACAGUGAAGUCCCGCUGGAGUGGCUCCCACCAGUUUGAGCAACUGUCUGGUUCUAUACUGUGGAUGGCUCCAGAGGUGAUCCGGCUGCAGGACAAGAAUCCCUACAGCUUCCAGUCAGACGUCUACGCCUUCGGCAUUGUUCUGUAUGAGCUCAUGUCAGGAGCUCUGCCCUACUCCAACAUUAACAACAGAGACCAGAUCAUAUUCAUGGUGGGUCGAGGUUAUUUGGCUCCUGACCUCAGCAAGGUGCGCAGCAACUGUCCGAAGGCCAUGAAGAGACUGAUGGCUGACUGCCUGAAGAAGAAGAGAGAGGAGCGACCCCUCUUCCCUCAGAUCUUGGCGUCCAUUGAGUUGCUGGCUCGUUCGUUACCCAAAAUCCACCGCAGCGCUUCAGAGCCUUCGUUAAACCGAGCCGGCUUUCAGACAGAGGACUUCAGCUUGUACGCCUGCGCCUCACCCAAAACCCCCAUCCAGGCCGGCGGCUAUGGGGAGUUUUCAGCAUUUAAGUAAGUGCUGACGGUCCCACCAGUCCAUCCCUCGUCACUUCUCAAAAAGUCUUGUGUCCCUGCGGUGGAUUAAUUCAUAACUGAAAAAAAAAACCCUGAAAAAAAAUAGUCUCAAAGAAUGUGCUGUUUUCUUCCUCUGUCAACCUGAAGAAGGCGGCCUCACUGGAGUCCUUCCAGCAGGCAAACAGCCACAACGACAGACAAAACAGAAUUAGGAAAAAAAUUUAAAAAGACAACAACAACAAAAAAGAAACUUGAAUAACACAAAAAGAAAAGAAAAAAAAAAAAAAAAAAAAGACACAACGAUAUCCAUACCAAAACGGUUUUGAGGAGGAGACGGAUCUCCACGAAUCGACCCGCCUGUUGGAGGAGGAAGAUGAAGGUAAAAGAAAGGAAGACGAGACGUCAGGAGAAGUCAAGGUUUUUGGGAGAUACUCGUCCCGUCCUUUCCUUCGCUGGGUGAGGAGGGAGGCUGGUUGGUCAGCCGGACUGUGCUCGGACCGACGGCAGGACGGGGGCCUGUGGGGAGGAGGAGCGGCCUCGUCCGGUUGGUUGAGAUGGAAGGCCAGGUGUUAGCCCGUCCCCCGAGAUGAGCCGGAGGUCACUCAGCAGGAACUAACCCCCUGAAGGAAGACGACUUGAAAGAGAUAGAUCUAUUUUUUAUUUACUUUCAUUAGUUUCACAAGUUCCAGAUUUUAGCAAGCAGUUGCUAGGAAUGCUGAGCUUUUCUUUUUUUUUGUUCUUUUCUUUCUUUGGAAGACAUGGUAGCUAUUUUAGAAGAAAGCUUUCCUCCCUGCCAUGCAGCACAGGCCUUUGCUUUCUUAUUUUUUUUCUUUUUGGGCUGACCAAAUUCUACAAAAUACUGUGUUUUGCCUUCUCGUUUGCCUCUAACAAAUUAGAAAUGAGUGAUAAAACCGCUCUUGUAUCUUCUGGGAGUUUUUGCUCUACCUUUUCAAAGGAUUUUAAACUUUCAUGUGAAAAUAGAAGAGGUUUCUUCUGUACAUGUCAAAGUCCAACAACAGGAGCUGUUCUUUUGGGAAGAAAAACAAAUGAAAUGCAUGUGAAUUAGUGAGCUUUAGAGGUGUUGGUAGGUGUGAAAGAUUAUGCCCCUGAGAUGCUUCAUCUUGUUGAAGUAGAAGCAGCAGAAGCAGUUCUUUCCAUAGAUCUCCAGUAGAAAAAAGUCCUGGAGUCUGAGCACAGGAGCUGCUUCUUAUGGGAGGAAAAGUGCAGCUUUGUUUGGAAGCUACACCAGAGUGGUUUCUUUUAGGGUUUGGAGAGGCUCAGGCUUCACACUGAACUGAACAGUGGAAGUGUACAGUACUUGUUGCUUUUCUAAGCUUCCAAGUUGUUACACAGCAUCACUGCAAUUCAUUUUUUUCUUCUUUUGCUUCUCACAUUUUUCCAAAAAAAAAACCUAACCUCAUUUUUUUUGUGACACCAAGUGCAUGUUGUCAUGUUCCUGAUUUAGUUUUUGACAAUGUGGCUUUAAUAUUGCACUCAGCUUAAAAUGGGGACCUUUACUUGUUGCAGCUGCUAACGUGCAGCAGCGUUACCUACUGAAAGGACCGGCGAUCCUCCGGAGAGUUCUGUUAGUCUGGGAAAAAGUCUGAAAAUGUUCUUUCAGUCUCACCUUCUUACUUUCUCUACACAUGCACCUGUACUUUCUCAUUCCAGUGUGUUAAGGGUUGUAGGUGUUAUUACAGGUUCAUUUGAUUUUGUUAUCGUCGUCAUUUGCCUUUUUCUGUACAGGCAGGCCUGCAGAUAUUUACUUACCGUAUUUAUGUGAAUUUUGUUUUUUUUGUUUUUGUUUUCUGGAUUUAUUUUAAGAACCGCUUUAUUUGAAGCUAUCAGUCUUUCUUUUGACGCUUGUUUAGUCUUUGUGACUCUUGUACUUGCACUUUGUAGAGAUGGAUUGAAGCAAAUGAGCAACUUGCCUUUUCUUUUUCUUUUUAAAAUUGAAGAAUACAUUGUGACAUACAGAGCUGAUGACCCAAAAUUUUCAAUUUCCAAUGCACAAGUCAUCAGCUGGGGCUGACCUGUGAAUAUUGUGCUGGGAAGGCUCAGUUGUCAGCUAUGGACCCUCCAGCAGCCGCGUCUGUUACCAUAGCUACAGUGAAGAGAGCUAAGUGAAUGAGACUGUUGGCUAGAUAGAUGGAUGUUGUGGAGGUGGAGCACACAAUUGAAGCAUUGCUCACAUGUACAUCUUUCACUUAUACUAUCACAUAACCCUCAGGCAUCUCCUCACAUUCUGUCACCAACCUUUACAAAACUGUUCAGUCUGUCAGGAAACACACCUGCUCUUCUUACCCAGAGUCAGUUGAGGAGAUAAACAUCAGUCACAUAUUUGUGUCAAGGAUUAAAAUAGGGUUGUAACAUGUUUAGCCUAGCUUAGCACAAAGAGUGGAAGCAGAGGGGAAACUGCUAGUUCUGAACAAGGACAGUCUGUUACUUAUUACAGGUCCUGGAUUACCAUCAUACAUUUCUGUCACUGAGCAGCUCAUACAAUGUGUUACAUGAAGGUAUCUUCUAUUCCAGCUAGUAGUCACUGAGUGAUUCUUACAUUUCACCCACCUGCUGUUAGCUAAGAAGUGGCAAAAAAAAAGUCCUACCAUACCAGUGAGUUUGUAUUUUAAACAUUCUAUUUUAUGAGCUGCUCCAUGACUGAAUUCACUAAGUAAUGGGAGAUGGUGAUCUCUUGUGAUCCUGCUCCAUCAAGGGAAAAAGAAGCAUCUCUGGCCUGGAUGCACAAAGAUGACAUUGAUAUUAAUCUCACAUUUCUCAGGGUAAGAUAUUUCUAAUUCAUUACAGGAUAUAUGAUCAAUUAUAACCAAACCAAUGUCUGUGUUGAAGCAUGAGAUCUACUGAUGGAAGCAAAGUACCAUCUGCUACUGGUCUGGUCCCAGGUGAUGUCAGUCUGUAGAGUAUAUGUUCAUUUAUUUGACCAUUGAAGGAUAAUUCCACAUUGAUAUCCAUGAUAACAACAUUGUGUAGUUAAUACCUGGGAUUUGGAAUGGCAGUAAGGCUGUUUCUAUUUGAACUAGUGUUCCAUUGCUGGGAAAAAAUGUAAUUAUUCUGAUGUGAAAUAACCUAUUUGAAUUUAUAAAGUUGACAGAGUAUAGGUGCAGUAGGACAUUCAUUGUCCUCCAGUUCAGACAAUGUACUGUCCAUCUGGUCAUUGCAUGUCCUGCUGCUCUAAUCACUAGCUAAGCUAUAGUUCUCCUUACCGACACAAAAUGGAGAAAGCUAGCAAGCUAAUCGUCAUUAGACCACAUAGAAACACAAGUAGUCCAACUUAUUUGGAAGAAAAAACAAAGGUUAAUGAUAGAAAACAUCACCAACUGUCAGUUUUUAACAUGCGUUUAUAGAAAACUGCUGGUUAGCAGCUAACGCCACACGGUGGACAAAGUUAGCAGCUCGCUGGUGAACAUAGUGGAGCAUGUAGAUAUUUUUUUCUCAGGAAUUGGUGGAGACCAAACCAGAGCUAAAAGUAGAGUGAAUAUGAGAUGAUUCAUCUGGAUACAAAAAACAAAUGGCCUGAAACAAAUGCUAAUGUUGCUAUGUGUUCAUUGGAUGCCUAAAUACGUAAUUAGCUAACAAGUUAGCCGUUACAACUUUAUGGUGGAGGUGGUGUUUUCAGCCUGUAGUGGACUUCUUCUGCUCCUAGUAAAAGCUGGUGUCACCUGACACUUAAGACCAGCUGAUAGCAGUCAGUCCAGUAGUUUAGAGGAGAGAGGGGGGGGGGGGUUUCACUCCACAGGUUUUGGUUUGCAGUUUGCACUACUUCAUUAUAUGUUCAUUACUCACAUGUGACUCCCCACACUAUGCAGGUUAUGGUUAGACUGAUUCACAGAGACACUGUAGUGCUUUAUUAAACAUAUCAUCCAGUCAUGUGACACCUCUUCUCUGUCCACAACUUCACUAAACGUGAGGAAACCUGAGUUGACAUGUUAUUCACCUUUAAAAAAAGAUGCUAAGCACCUCAGAGAUUGUCUGCAUGGUGAAGGAUGCUUUGAGUCACUUGAUGUUUGAGAUAAUUGCCAAGAAUGUAUUUGUCAUGAAAAUUGUACAUUUGUGAAGAUAAUGAAGAAAUUCUGUCACCAGUAGAAAAUACCAGGCUGAUAGUUUACAGUCAGGUGAUACAUUGAAAAAACGGUGCAGGUCUGAAUGCUUGACCCCUACAGAGAGUGGAGCUGGUGGCUCUGUUAUGCUGUGGGAGGCAUUUUGCUGGCAUGGUUUGGGUCCACUUGUCCCCUUAGAGGGAAGGACCAGGUUCACAGACUUGUAGAAUCAAUAACAAGGAUCAUUGAAGCUGUUCUGAUGACUCUAGGUGACCCAACACCAAACUAACACACUUAAUGUUGUUUUUUUCCUUUAAUUUGUCACCCGUCUGUAUGCCUACAGGUGAGGACUGGGGCUAUGUGGGAAGUUGUAAUUUAUGGUGUAAUAAUUUAAUUCACAAACAGAAUGAGAGAAUUCAGAAAUAAAUGUUGUCAGUUGUUGUUUUUUUUAAGUCAGACUUUACACCAAGAAUCCUUUCAUGAAGUCAGACUCAGUUCAUUCUCAGAAUUGUCUUUAAAUCUCAGAAUUCUGAAUUUAAAGUUAGAAUAAUGCUGUUAUUGUGAUAUUAUCGGGUCAGAGUUCUAUUUUCUAGCAGACAUUGAAUGUGAGGAGAGUGAGAAUGGACAUGACAGACAGGCACUUCAGUUUGCACCCAGAAUCUUGAAGUUCAGAAUUUUGUUUUAUUUUUAUUUACUCUUAAGAUAAAAAGUCAGAAAGGUGAGCAUCACACUAAUUCCCACUAAUGGGACGUUGCGUUUCCAAUCCACUGAACCUGCAUGUCUUUGGAUAAUAAGAGAAUAUGGAAGCUCCAUACAGAAAGGGAACACUAAGUCUGACUUUACUCUCACCAUAAUUCUGAAUUCUUAUACUAAAGGCUCAGUCCACACAAAUGACACACAAAUAUUUGCUCACGUCCCUCCAGUGGUAUCUGUUCAAUCUGAUAGUUUUAGUUUUACGUGUCUAGAUUUGAAGUCUUUGACAUUUAUCCAGACCAAUACAGUGGAGGUGAAUGGAAUUAAGUCUGUGCUGCUCAGUGCAUUGUACUUAUUACUGACAGACUUCACAGUGAACAGUUAUAAUAGAACUGCUUUCUACUAAGGAAAUGUUCUUUCUUCUUUUGAUUAUCUAUAUUAAGUCUGGACCGUAAGGAAGGUUGUGUAUUUACUGUCAUAGUGAAUCCCACAGUCUAAAUCCUAUACACUAAAACUCCAACAAACAAGGACAUUUUUUCAGAUAAUUAAUCAACCAUCCAGACCAAACCUGGUUCUUCUGUAAUGAAUCCAGACAAAUAUAUCAAAUCUAAGACGGUACAAGAAAGGACAUAUUUUAUAUGAAACAAAAUAUUUGAGGAAAUGUGUUAUCUUGCUGUAGAUUGUAGAUUAUAUUGUACAUAUCAUAUAGCAGCACAAACCAAAUUCCUGUUACACUACUUGGUAUGAGACUGGAGGCAGAAAUCUCAGAAAUGUGUCAAAAUCCAGACAAAUCAAACUAAAACUAUCUGCAUUAUAGAUCCCACUUUGUUUGGAAGCUGCAGGUGACAUCACAGUUGUCUUAAGGUCUCCUUUACAUGCUUGUUUUGUCGCUUUUGACCUUUGAAACGACUGUUGUCAAGUAAGAGAAUGAAAGAGAUCCAUUAGAAACGAGCUGAUGAAAACCAUGUGAUGUGGUAAAAAAAGCUCCAGAACAUUUGGGAGACUUUUUAGUUGUUGUUAGCAUCGUGUCCUCAGUCCUCCUCCACAUGUCAUAGCCUGCAGAAGCCUGUGUUAGCAGAUAGAGGCAGUUGGCAGCUGUAUGGCUGUUCUGGGAUCAGCUGUUGCACAUUUUCAGAUUGUUCACGUGACGGGACCUGAGGAAGUAAACAGUAAUGUCUUUCAGAGUGCUGUAUUUAUUUUCCUUGGACAUGUUUAUUUUCUAUGAGAAUAUUAUCACACAUGUAUAUCUCCUGAAACAUCAUUGAGUCUGCAGGAGGACACCCUGACCUCCAUCACACAGGGUCUCCUCUCCUCUCCUCCACCCACCUCUGAUCUCAUCACACCUCCUCCGCUCUUCCUCCCUAACUUUGUGUUCAGUUUUCUAUACUUUUCAUUGUCCUUCUUCUUCUUCUUCUUCUUCUUCUUCUUCUUCUUCUUCUUGAGCAUUCCCUCUCCUCUUUGCCUGCACCUUAAAACCCAACAAUUCCUUUCAACUGAGAACUAUCAUGAAAAACUUUAUGGAGAUUUGUUUUUUUGUUUGUUUGUUUGUUUGUUUUUUCACCUGUAAAUAGUUGUACAAAGGAAAUACUGUCAGUUUGCUAGGAGGCAUGGAGACUACAAAUGUAACAAAUUAUAAAAUGUUCAAAAUAAAGAGACAAAGAUUAAAAGACAUUUUGAUAGGCAGACCUCUGAGAAAAACGGUUGAGUGUAAAAAUAUUUAAGGCUGUAUCAUAAGGAGAAAGAGCUUAAUGUAUUUGUUGUGAAUAUGAAAAACUGAUAUAUUAAAGAAGUGCAUGAAAACUGUA